AUGGCUACUGGUCUCUCUGCAUUGCUUCUUUGUCUUGGGUUUUGCUUUGGACGUGGAGGCUUCCCUUUUAUACACCAAUCAACAGCAGCUCCGAUGGUGUCAUACUACGAUUACAUUAUCGUCGGCGGAGGCACCGCCGGCUGCCCGUUAGCUGCUACUCUCUCUCAAACCUACUCCGUACUCGUCCUCGAACGCGGUGGCUCCCCAUUCCGGAACCCCAACAUCACCCACUUAUCAAGAUUUGGAGCAGCACUCUCCGACCUCUCCCCCAAAUCCCCUUCUCAACGCUUUGUCUCAGAGGACGGCGUCAUCAACGCCAGGGCCCGGGUGCUCGGCGGCGGAACAUCCCUCAACGCCGGAUUCUACACACGUGCCGGCUCACCAUACAUCGCCAAGGCCGGUUGGGAUGCCAAAUUGGUGAACGAGUCGUACCGAUGGGUUGAAAAAGUGGUGGCGUUUCAGCCGCCGUUGAGACAGUGGCAGUCGGCGGUGAGAAAUAGUUUGCUGGAGAUCGGAAUACGGCCUUACAAUGGCUACACGCUUGACCAUUUGUACGGAACAAAAGUUGGUGGCACCAUUUUUGAUGGAUAUGGGCGGCGGCAUACGUCUGCUCACUUGCUCCGUUAUGCGAACCCUUCAGGGAUCACUGUUUUCCUCCAUGCACCUGUUCAGAAAAUACUAUUUACAACAGAAGGAAAACCAAGGCCAACAGCAGAUGGGGUGAUCUUCACAGACGCAAGUGGGCUUAAUCACUGGGCUUAUUUAAGAAGAGGUCCUAAUAGUGAAGUGAUAGUUUGUUCUGGGGCACUAGGAAGCCCACAACUUUUAAUGUUGAGUGGGUUGGGCCCAAAGAGACACCUUCAGGCCCAUAACAUAUCUGUGGUAUUGGAUCAGCCAUUGGUGGGCCAAGGGAUGUCUGAUAACCCGAUGAAUGCGGUUUUUGUCCCCUCUCCUAGACCCGUUGAGGUGUCUCUCAUCCAAGUCGUUGGUAUCACUCACAAUGGAAGUUAUAUCGAGGGUGCUAGUGGUGAAAACUUUGGUACUGAUCAAACUCAAAGCACUCGAGAUUUUGGGAUGUUUUCUCCAAAGAUCGGACAAUUCUCAACUUUGCCUCCAAAACAAAGAACACAAAAGGCGUUAGAUAGGGCAAUACAGGCAAUGAGGUUCCUCCCACGAAGUGCAUUCGUGGGUGGGUUUAUCUUGGAGAAGAUUAUGGGCCCACUCUCAAGAGGCCAUCUUCAGCUUCGAACUAAAAACCCAAAUGACAAUCCUGCAGUCACAUUCAAUUACUUUAAAGAUCGUGGAGACUUAGAAAGAUGUGUUCAAGGGAUCAAAAUGAUUGAGAAGGUGAUUGAAUCGAGAUCAUUUUCAAGAUUUCGCUAUAAUUAUCUCCCAAUCUCAAGCCUUCUAAACAUGACAGCUAAUGCACCUGUUAACAUGUUGCCUAAACAUGCAAAUGCAUCGAGGUCUUUAGAACAGUUUUGUAGAGAUACAGUGAUGACUAUAUGGCAUUACCAUGGAGGAUGUCAUGUGGGGAAAGUGGUAGAUCGUGAUUAUAAGGUUAUUGGUGUUGAUGCUCUUAGGGUUAUCGAUGGAUCAACUUUUGAUUAUUCUCCAGGAACUAAUCCUCAAGCUACUGUCAAGCUUUCAAGCAUUACAUCACGUAGAAUCAAAGGGCAUCCAGGGAAUGGCUUUCCAAACGAUCAAAGGAAAAAAGACGAUACAGUUUUGGCACUUUUAGCCGUAGUGACAGAAGAAAUUCUCGUAAUAGUCAAGGGUUCCAUCGUAGGGGUCGAGUGCCCCAUCAUCGGGCUCAAAAUGAAGAUGACAUAG